AUGCCUCUCUCCUCCUCCUUCUCGCGCCUGAGCGUCCUCGCCGCGGCGGGUCUGCUCGGCGCUGCCUCCUCGGCCUCGGCCACGGCACUCCCCAGCUCGCACCUGUACGAGCGUCAAUCGGUCUCUGCGCUUCCCACUCCGGGGAUGGGCUUCAACACGUACAACGCUUACGCCUGCUCGCCCUCGGAGUCGACCUCACACACGUCGAUCGAUCACCUUCAGUCGGACGGCUACCUGGCAGCGGGUUACAACUUCUUCCAAGUCGACUGCGGCUGGGUGUCUCGCAAUGCGCAGCGCGAUUCGUCGGGUAAUCUCGAGACCAACACGGACCGUUUCCCCUCCGGCAUGAGCGCCUUGAGCCAGUACGCCACCUCCAAGGGUUUCUCCUUCGGUCUGUACUCGGACGCAGGUUAUCGCGCAUGUGACACGCAGAGCCCCAGCCCCGUGAUGGGCAGCCUUGGCUACGAAGCCCAAGACGCGGCGCUCCUCCAGAGCUACAACGUGAGCUAUCUCAAGUACGACAACUGCUACGCUGACGGCACUUCUGGCAACGACAAUGCGCCCAAGAACCCCAGGACGGAUUUCCCGACCCGAUUCGGAAAGAUGUCGAGCGCGCUGGCCAACGUGGGCAUCAAGAAGCUGCUUGUCUGCCAGUGGGGUGUGGCGCAGAAGCAGUCGGAUGGCCGCCUCAUCGGACCCUCGCAAUGGACGCAGGGGCUCAGCACGUCGUUCAGGCUGGCGGACGACAUCGCCUCGGGAUGGAUCAACGUGCAGCGUAUCCUCAACCAAGCUAUUCCCAUUGCACUGAACAAGACGUCUGGACCGGGUCACUUUGCCGACGGAGACCUGCUCGAGGUGGGCAACUCGGGCAUGACGAUCGACGAGCAGGCGACUCACUUCGCCUACUGGGCCAUGGUCAAGAGCCCGCUGGUCAUCUCGACGGAUCUUACGGCCAUCUCGUCGGCUGCCAAGGCGAUCUUGCUCAACAAGGGACUGAUCGCGGUGAACCAGGAUAGCCUGGGAGAGCCGGUAAAGCUGAUUGAGCGCCGGUCGUACAACUACGAUCUGCACGCGGGCAAGCUUGCCAACGGUGACAUGGCCGUGCUGGCGUUUGACUGGACCAACACGCAGCGUACUAUCAAUGUGCAAUUUGGCGACUUAGGAGUGGUCUCUGCGGAUGUGACGGAUCUGUGGUCGGGUGCGACGCAGACGGGUGUCAGCACAUACAGCAAGCAGGUCAACGGACACGGCUCGAUCGCACUGCGUCUGUCCAACAUCAAGUACACCUCCACCGCCGCUCCGACGCUGACCUACAUCAACGCCGAUAAGGGCGUGCUGGCAGGUGCCGCCGUGGUGCAGUCCUGCAGUGGCUGCUCCGACGGCCACGACGUCGGCUUCGUUGGCAACGGCGCAGGAAACACGCUGACGAUCAACAACAUCCCGGCCACCUCAAGCGAGAAGCUCCUCUACUUCGACUAUGUCAACGCCGACGUGGGCUUCUCGUUUGUCGGCGCGACCAACGAUCGUGUCGCCCAGAUCAGCGUCAACGGCGGCUCGGCGCAGAACGUCAGCUUCCCGCUCUCGGGCUACGACUGGGGCAGAGACGUCGCCAAGGGCUACAGGGUCAGACUGACCGGCUUCAACUCGGGCACUACCAACUCGAUCACCAUCUCCAACCCCAACGCGUACGCGCCUGACUUUGAUCGUAUCGGCUACGUGGCUUGA